AUGAGCAGCAGCAGCAGCUGCAGCAGCACGAUGAGCAUCACUGCCCAGCUGCUGGGCUCCCACCGCCUUUCGGUGGCUCCCUCUCUCCACAUAUUUUAUGAGGGCUCUCGGCUUCUCAUUAAUGCGGGGGAAAAUGUCCAGAGGUACCACUUGGAGAAGAAGCUGCACAUUCACCGGAUAAGUGACGUUUUCUUGACUUCGCUUUCUCCUGCUGCUGCUGCUGGGCUAAUUGGCCUUCUCUUAUCUCUCGAAGGCACAGGCAGCGCAGCAGUGACCCUGUGGGGCCCCCACGGGCUUAGGCCUUUGCUGCAGCUAGCCAUGAGGACCUUCGCAGGCCUCAACCAUUUGGAGAUUAACUACAGACUCAUGGGGCCCCCCGAGGCCCCCCCGUCUCUUCUGGGCGAGCGCUACUGUACAGACGGAGUCUGCAGGGGUGGCUGCCGCCGGCGUGGCAGCGCAGGCAGCAGCAGCAGCAGCAGCAGCAGCAGCAAGGGGCCUCGCACUUGUGCGUGCUCCUACGGGCCCUCGGUGAAGGGCACAGCCAGCGGCAUCCCUGUGGAGGCCUUCUACCUGCCCCACAGCGGCAGGCAGCAGCAGCAGCAGCUCGAAGAUAACCCUCUCUUGAGCAGCAGCAGCAGCAGCACUAGCACCACCAGCAGCAACAGCAGCGGCAAUUACAACUACGGUGACACAUCUGAGCCAACAACAGCAACAGCAGCAGCAGCAGCAGCUUCCAGCCCUACUGCUGCAGAAGAAAAUGGCAGCCUAAAAAGGCGAAAACUUGAAGAGGAGUUGCAGGGCAAGUUUGACCAGAAGUGCCCAGCAGCGGCAGCAACAGCAGCAGCAGCAGCAGCAACAAGCCGCAGCAGCAGCAGCAGCGUGGAAGCAGCAAAGGCUGCUCUUUUUGGGGACUACGGCGACUCCUCCGACUGUCUGCUGCUGCUGCUGCAGUGCCCCACA